AUGACUGGGAGACGAAUCUUGGCGACGCUUGCAGCAGUUGUUGCUGUGGUUCUCACAUUUGGUACCCUGUCACCUUUCAGCUUCUGCGAUGAGAACACGGCAUCAACCUGGUUCAGGGGCUGGUGCUCAAUGCUCUCACCCAACCAGCCACCGGCAGAUCGACACAUUUUCACCUGCAAGUCGCACACCUACUCUACGGAAAUACUCUCCGUUGAUCCCCUGGUCAUCUACAUUCACGACUUCAUCUCCUCUCAUGAGGUCUCGUCCCUCCUAGAAACAGGAGAACCGUUGUUCGGGCCUUCCCUCUUGACUGGUAAAGAUGGUCAGGUACGACAAUCCCAACGCCGUACUUCACAAACGGCCCAGAUGCAGAUCGACGAUCCCGUCGUCCGCUGUGUUCUAGAGCGCGCUUCGGGGUUCAUGGGAUCCAUGCUCAGCCUGCCUUACGACGACUUCCAGCCUCCUCAACUUGUGCGCUACUCGGAGAAGCAGCAGUUCAAGGUUCACGCAGACUGGUUCGACGAACCGCAAAGUCGUCGAGCUGACUCGUCAGGGAUCGGAUCCUCGUGGAACAGACCUGCGACCUUUCUCGCUAUCCUAGAAGACAAUUGCACGGCUGGAGAAACGUGGUUUCCUCACAUCCACAUCCCGAAGAAGGCUGUUGCCAAGAGGACUGAGUCGCCGCCCUGGCGUCUGCACGAGCAAGAUGGUCUAGCUGUUAAGCCCAUCAGAGGCAACGCUCUGUUCUGGGUCAACCUUUUUGCCAAUGGUACUGGAGAUGACCGGACACGGCAUGCUGGGCUGCCUCCCACGUCGGGAGUCAAGACAGCGCUGAAUAUUUGGCCUCGAGUAUAUUACUCUUGA